ACACUUCCCUCUAGCACUGAGUGACUGUGAGGCUUCAUUAUGAAGGACUAAAAAGCACAACACAAAGGCUCCAACAAGGAGAACAACUUGGAGGAAAUUGACUGUUAAAAGGAAAACUGUUGACCAUUGUGAAUCUAUUCAAAAACCAUUUCCAGUUAAAGAAGCAUGAGUAGAAUGUCAGGAGGAAUGGCUUUGAUGAUCCCUUGUGUCUUGUUUCUGCUAAACUCAGGUGCUGGAUUUGCUUUCCAGGUUGAGAAUGGAACCUUUGGAGAAUCGAUUUAUUUUUAUGAGUCUGUGCCAGCUCAUGUCAAUCCAUUAAUACAAUGGACUUUUAAAGAUGUUACAAUUGCACAGCUCAUUCCUCUAGGAACUCCUACUUGCAUUGGUGAUCAGUACACAGGAAGAUGUAACCUGUUUGAAAAUGGAACUCUGAGACUGAACAAUCUGGCAUUGGCAGAUGUGGGAAAUUAUACCAUGACUGCACAAUAUCCAAACACUACACUUAUAAAGAAGUCUAUCUAUGAACUCAGAGUCUAUAAUGUUCUCAACACUCCUGUCCUCAGUAGUAAUGGCACUUCUAAUAAUCUCAUUGGUGGCACCUAUGUGUCCCUCCAUUGUAAUGCCAGUGGCCAGACUGUAACUACGUACACCUUCUACCGUGGUGGGAAUAUAAUCUGCUCAGAGCCCAAUGUGAUCUGCAGGGAUUCCAACCUCAACUUCCAACCAAUCACAGGGAGUGACAGCGGAAAUUAUACCUGCAACAUUCAGAACCCUAUCAGCUACAACACCAGCAACACCCUGUACUUGAAUGUAUCAGAUCCGGUCUCAAAUGUGAAAUUAACCAGUAAUGUAACAGAAUGGGUCUGGCCAGGAUUAGAUUCAGUGUCUCUGACCUGCUCAGCCAAUGGUACAGAUGUCACUUACACCUGGAGCCUACAAGGAGAACCACUGCCGCUGCCAAACCACUACCUCAGUGAGAAUAAAAAAGUCCUCACAAUUAGCCCUGUCACUGCUAAUGACAAUGGAACCUUCACCUGUACAGCCACCAACUGGAUAAACAGCCAGAACAGCAAUGGAGUAAAUCUCAAACUGGGUUCUGCAAUCUCGGCGGUGACACUGACCGGUAACACAUCGGAAACGUACAUCUGGGCUGGAGAGGACUCUGUGUCUUUACAUUGCUUAGCUGAUGGAUCGAAUGUCACUGUCUUCUGGAAAUUGAAUGGAGGAUUAAUAUCCCCGAGUUCUCAGUAUCAAAUAUCACAAGGUGAUUCUCCUCUACACUCCAAUCUCCUCAUCAGCCCCGUCUCUAAAACUGAUGCUGGACCUUUCACCUGUGAAGCAUCUAAUCGGCUUGGAAAUAAAACCAGCAAUUCCCUAAGUCUCAACUUGGCCUGGAAGCCGGAAGGAAACAUUACUUGCUCUGCUGAGCCUGAUACACAGGGUGUUAAACUUGGCUGUUCCUGGUCAGGAGGAAAACCAGAAGCUAAUGUGUCCCUGACCUUUAAUGGAAAAACAGAGAAUGGAAGGAAUAAUGUAACCAGCCAAGUAUCCAUAGGUGAUAAUUUCCAAGGAUCAGAUCUCAUCUGCAAUGGAGAUCAACUAGGAAGAACAUCCAAAUGUACGAGGAAAAUAGGACCUCCAUUGGCCCUAGAACAUGACAACAGCAAAAUCACUGAUACAAAUGUGGGGGGCAAUCUAAACCUGACAGUGACCCUGGAACCUGGACUGCCAGCCACCUUCACUUGGCUCCAUACCCCCUCUAGCCAAAGCAAGGAAUCUAUCCAAAGCCGGGAACCCUUAGUGAGCAGCACCGAUUUUAGUUCCAGUUACCUGAUCCGAGACGUGACUGUGAAUGAUGCUGGAAAAUAUGAAUGCAUAGCUAAGAAUAUAAUUGGAACUCAAAGCUUUCUCUUCAAUGUCAAAGUUGAAGAAAUUCCUUCUAAAACUGGCUUGAGCGGUGGUGCAAUAGCAGGUAUUGUAAUCGGGGUUUUGGCUGGUGUUGCUUUAAUUGGAAUCGCUGCGUUCUUCAUUGUGAAAAAAAAAAAGCGCAGUGGAAAUAACAAAAGAAUAAGUGAACCUGAUGACCAGCCAGGUACCACUGUAACAUAUGCCACAGUUCAGAAAAAGAAUGGAGGUGUGACAAACAACGAGCAAGAGGAUGAUGUCAAGUAUGCAGAAAUCAAGUUCCCAAACAAUAAUUCGAACAUGGCAACUGUCCCACCACCUGUGGAAACAGAGUACAGCACUGUGAAAACUUCCAUCAAGCAGUAGAAGAUUAAUGAACUGAGAAAAUAUCUAAUGCAAGUGGCUGAGGACAUUGCAAGCCAAUGUCAGGAUAAAGCAUUUGAAAUUUGGACUAGUCACCAAGACAUAUACCUCUAGACUCCUGUAGAUCAGGACCUACACCUCCCAUUUAAUCAGCAGUGCCAUCCCUUUUUAAAGCUUUUAGGUUCUACCGCACACCCCAUAGGUGCUAAACCGUGCCUUGUCUAAAAAUGAUUUCACUUUUUUAAAGCGUUUUAAUUUAUAGAAAAUUAUUUUUGUAUAAUCUGUUAAAGGACCAGUAAACUGGUUUAUUGGUUAACUUGGUUAGAGGGUAAACAUACUGUAGUUUAUACGAAAGUAUACAAUAUGACAUUUACUAAAUAUGCAAGCAACAUUUUUAUACAAAAUACAAGAAAUUGAGAGGAACAGAAAAUAUACACUCUAGUCUUCAACAAAGUAAUUUUCCUGCAAGUUCCCAAACUGAAUUUCUUUAAAUAACAUUGAUAUCCUAUUUAGCCUAAAAUGGCUGAGAACACGACAGUAGGGUGUACAUAGAAUUACAGGAGAAUUAACUAAACCAAAGGGCUUCACGUUUUGUACAAAUAUGCCGUUUUCCAUAUAAAUUUGUGGUGAAAGGAAAACCUUUUAGAUUUGCUGGUCCUUUAAGGUGUUAAAUUGUUGUUAGAUAAGCAAUCCUUUUAAUGAAAAUGGGUAUUGUCUACCUGCCCUCCCACCAGCAUCACUGUUCUUCGCUCUUUGACAUCUGAGGCCUCGUACACACGACCGAGUAACUCGUCGGGCGAGACACAUCGUUUUCCUUGACGAGUUCCGUGUUA